AGGAGAACAUCAGAGAGAUUCUAGAGGUGGUGAUCACAGAGAUAGAGGCCAGAGCUUCCCCUGUCUACCUAGGAGACUCAACACCCACCAUUAUGGAUAAAGUUGCAAAAAUUACUGGAUCAGUUUCUGUAGAUAAGUUAAAUGUUGAACAUCUCCGCAGGAUUAGUGAGCCUGUCAAGAAACUGGUUGAGGCUGGACUGGUGUUGGCUAUCCAGCAAGACCAAGAUGGCCUCCGCUCGUCCAAGAUAAGUUUAGAGAAUGGAAAGCUAUAUCUCCACACACUUUUAUACCAGCCCCUGUCAGCCCAUGCCCGCACCAUCCAGCUCAGUGAAGUUAUGGAUGAGUUGGACUCUUCUUCCACUCUGGCAUUUCUGGACCUGGGUUGGGCUGGAGCAACACGAGGACGGAUACACAUCCGACUACGUCCCAGCACUGGGCUUGCUAGACAGUUUGUUUUAAUGUGUACAGGUCAGCAAGGUCCCACCUAUGCAAACACUAAACUUGUAAGUGUUGGGUACAAAAGUCGUCCAGGGGAGUAUGUCGCUGGUGGAGACUACCAGUAUAAUGAUGGACGGGGAGGAACACCUCUGCUGUUUGAUCUUCUGGGUGAAUACCGCAGGUCAGGCAGUGCAGGUGCAGUGUGGUCACCACGACAGCUUGGUGAUCUAAGUACCCAGUUCUGCAUCAUCACUAGGGACCGCACAGAUGGCCACCAGUGGGGUGAUGUCUUCGGUGAAGUAGAGAAUGGUCUUGAUGUGCUGAAGGCUGCAGUCAAACUUAGAAACAUUAAUGAAGUGACUGUGGUUGAUUGUGGCCUUGUGCUGACUCUAUAGUUCACUCUCCUGUCACUCCUACAUGGCACCAGUAGUUUUCAAAAAGAAACUAAGCAGCUUCCUGCUACAAAUGCUAGAUCAGCUAGAUUUUCAUACUUAUAUGGGUCUGUGGACUGCUAGCACCAACAGCCUGGUUAAUUAGCAAGGCUGUCAACAGGAAAGCCUAAUCCCAGGCUGGCUGCAGGGGUAGAAGAGCUCCCAAAACUAGUCACAGGUUAGAGACACCUAGCACAACCAUAGGUAACAAGUACAGUGGACCCUGCCUUACGAUGGCAUCACGUUACAUUAAAUCCGCCAUAUGAUGCAUUUGAACGCAAAAGUUUUGCCUCACCUCACGAUGAAAAACUCACCUCACGUCAUUCGUCUGGGACGCAUCCCACGUGUGGCCUCAAUGCAUACAUUUGGUACAUUUCACAUUAUCCCAUUGUUUUUAGUGCUUGUAACUACAAAAUAAGUCACCAUGGACCCAAAGAAAGCUUCUAGUGCCAUCCCUGUGGUAAAAAGGGCGAGAAUUAGUAUGGAAUUGAAAAAAGAGAUUAAGGAAAUGUGUGCAAAGUGGGUUGAAGUGCAAACCUUUAAGGAUGAAAAUCGCCCUCACACAGCUAUUGCAAGCCGUGCUGGUGACUAUUACAAUGACAAUGUUGUAUGGAUAGAUUUGUUGUACGACAGAGGUCCAGUGACUCUCAAGCUGGUCCUAGUGGCAUUAAAAGAAGAAGGGAAGUAGCCCCAGAAAAAGACUUGCUACCUCAAGUCCUAAUGGAAGGGGAUUCCCCUUCUAAACAGUAACUUCCACAUUCUCCCCUCCUCCCAUCCCAUCAGUCAUUAUCAGAUCUUCAUUACAGGUAAGUGUCAUGUAUUCUAUUCGUAGUAGAGUAGUAACUGUGCAUGUCUUUAUCAGUUUGUGUGUAUUAAAAUUAAUAUUUCAUGUAAAAAAUUUUUUUUCCAUACUUUGGGGUGUCUUACAUGGAUUAAUUUGAUUUCCAUUAUUUCUUAUGGGGAAAAUUAAUUCGCCUUACGAUAAUUUCAGCCAAAAUCUGAAGUGGUGCUCCAGUGUUGAAGAAAUUUUGAAAAAAAAAAAAAAUAUUUUUUCUUAUAAAAUUAAAGAUAAUGUUUUUGUGAAGGUAAUGAAACAAAAAAAAAUUCUGAUCAGUACUUACCGAGAUACAGCGGCGGGAAGUUGACCCAAAAUGACCCGGUGGCGGCAACAUCAGUGACUUCCGCAAAAUCACAUUUUUUUAUUUUACGUUUUUUAUACUUUUUUCUUUUCUUUUCUAAUUUUUUUUCUUUUUCUAGUAACAUUUGUGGCCUGUGAGACCAGUAUAAUGCAUAUUGUAUAAGUGUACACUCAUUGUAUUCAACACAAUAACUGCACUAAUUUGUUUAUCAUUAUAUUGCUUACAUAACUUGUUUACAAGUUUAUUGUAAACAAAAUGAUGAAAAUAUUAGUGUGGUUAUUGUGUUGAAUACAAUGGUACCAUAUAGUACAAUGGUGGCAUAGGGUGCACUGGUACUAUAUGGUACAAUGGCAUCAUAUGAUACAAUGGUACCAUAUGAUACAAUGGUACCAUAUGGUAGAAUAUGGUACAAUGGCACCAUUUGGUACAGUGGUAUCAUAUGAUACAAUGGUAACAUAUGGUGCAAUGGUACCAUAUGGUGCAAUGGUACCAUAUGGUACAUUGUACCAUACAGUACAAUGAUACCAUAUGGUUCAUUGUACCAUAUGGUACUAUAUGGUACUCUUGUAUUCAACACAAUAAACACACUAAUAUUUUCAUCUUUAUUUUGUUUACAAUAAUUGUUUACAACAAAAAUAUGCAAAAAUGUUGUAUAUUAGUAAUGUUCUAUUAUAUAUUUACAAAUGUACAGUAACUCGACACAAGUUACUUGAGGUGGAUGACAGAGCGCUUUGUCUUGGUAACUGCUGAGUCAGUAGCUAGCUUGCAUCGCCACUCACUCAGUCUUGGCUGGUUCCUGGAGCCACCAAAACGUCCUGUUGACCAUUUGGUACAUGAUAAUAUAUGUUACAGGGUACCAUAUGGUACACUGUACUGUAUGGUAUAAGGUACCAUACAGUACAGGAUAACAUAUAGUACAGGAUAACAUAUGGUGCAGGGUACCAUAUGGUACAGGGUACCAUAUGGUACAGGGUACCAUAUGGUGCAGGGUACCAUAUGGUGCAGGGUACUAUAUGGUGCAGGGUACAAUAUGGUACAGUACACCAUAUGGUACAGAUACAGGGAUCCCUAUGGAAAUAAAUCACCCUGACUUUUUUGGGUUAUCCUAGGAUUCUAUACAUAUGCUGCUAUGUAUGAUAAUCUAUGUAACUGUAUUUGUGUACACCUGAAUAAACUUACUCAAGGGCACGUGGCAUCGUAAGUAAGUUUAUUUAGGUAUACACAAAUAAAGUUGCAUAUAAUAUCAUCUUCCUGGCCUGCUAGUGUACUCGCAUAUAAUCUAGUGAUACCAGUGAAUAGCAGAAUACAGUGCUGUAGUAGCAACUAACCAGUAUUAUAAUGGUACUUAGUGGAGUGGAGUGACUUUCAUUAGUUUCUUUUUCUUGAAAUACCAGACGUUACUGUGAAUUUCAUAUAACCUGUAGUUACCAGCGGUCGCAAUAUACACAACGAGAAGCAAUUAUUACUACAGAAAAAGCGUCCCUCCUCCAAAAUUUCCACCAGUCAACUAUAGUGAUAAUAUAGCAUUUAUUGUGGUGGAGGCCAAAAAGAAAAACUAGAAAAGCUAGAUACAGCGAUUGAUAAACAAGGGUUGAGGCUCGACCGUUCGUCACUGUAGGAGUUGCCAGCAGUCACCGGUUUCUUCAACACGCAAGUUAUACUUUUGUAUCAAUCAAAUAACAUAUUACUCGGGUAAAAUUUUCCAGUAGAUCCUUCAUGUGUUAGCCCAAAUCACCGACCAGUAUGUUUUAAAUAAGUGACCCACUGAUCAGAUCAGACUGGCUCCGAACCCUCGACUGGACCGAACCCUCGACUGGUCGAACCCUUGGCCGGUUUCAAAUGGAUUCGUUGGACAAUAAAGCAGAGUGUAAACGGACGGGGUUGUAGGCGCCCUUAUAAACACGAACAAUAAAUAUUUAUUUAUUUAUUUAUUUAGAAAUUUUAGCAUACAUACAGAGGUACAAAAAAAAUACAGGUAAGAGCAGCAUGCCAAAGCCACUUAUAUGCAUAGCAUUACGGGCUGGCUUAAAAUUAACUUAAGAUUAACUAAGCAAUGAUGAAAUAAGUGAUAAGACAUUAUUGUAAACAGAUAUCUAUAAAGCACAAAUGAGUAUUACAAAGACAGGUCAUAUAAGAACAUAAAAAAGGAGGAACACUGCAGCAGGCCUGUUGGCCCAUACUAGGCAGGUCCUUUACAAUUCAUCCCACUAACAAGCAUUUGACCAACCCAAUUUUCAAUGCUACCCAAGAAAUAAGCUCUGAUAUGCAAGUCCCACUCAAAUCCAACCCCUCCCACUCAUGUACUUAUCCAACCUAAAUUUGAAACUACCCAAAGUCCCAGCCUCAAUAACCCAACUAGGUAGACUGUUCCACUCAUCAACUACCCUAUUUCCAAACCAAUACUUUCCUAUGUCCUUUCUAAAUCUAAACUUAUCCAACUUAAAUCCAUUACUGCGGGUUCUCUCUUGGAGAGAUAUACUCAAGACCUUGUUAAUAUCCCCUUUAUUAAUACCUAUCUUCCACUUAUACACUUCGAUCAGGUCUCCCCUCAUUCUUCGUCUAACAAGUGAAUGUAACUUAAGAGUCUUCAAUCUUUCUUCAUAAGGAAGAUUUCUAAUGCUAUGUAUUAAUUUAGUCAUCCUACGCUGAAUGUUUUCUAACGAAUUUAUGUCCAUUCUGUAAUAUGGAGACCAGAAUUGAGCUGCAUAAUCUAGGUGAGGCCUUACUAAUGAUGUAUAAAGCUGCAGUAUGACCUCUGGACUUCUGUUGCUUACACUUCUUGAUAUAAAUCCCAGUAAUCUAUUUGCCUUAUUACGUACGUUUAGGCAUUGCUGUCUUGGUUUAAGGUUUCAGCUUACCAUAACCCCCAAGUCCUUUUUGCAAUCUGUAUGGCUAAGUUCUACAUUAUUUAACUUAUAAGUGCUAGGGUUAUGGACACUCCCGAGCUUCAGAACCUUGCAUUUAUCUUCAUUGAACUGCAUCUGCCACUUUUCUGACCAAGAGUAGAGUUUGUCUAAAUCCUCCUGAAGUUCCCUAACAUCUACGUUUGAAUCAAUUAUCCUACCUAUCUUCGUGUCAUCGGCAAAUUUGCUCAUAUCACUAGUAAUUACUUCAUCAAGAUCAUUGAUAUAUAUUAUAAACAACAACGGGCCCAAGACUGAUCCCUGUGGAACGCCACUUGUUACUGAUCCCCACUCAGAUUUAACCCCAUUUAUGGACACUCUUUGCUUCCUGUCUGUGAGCCAUGAUUCGAUCCACGAGAGCACCCUUCCCCCAAUGCCAUGAGCUGCUACUUUCUUCAACAGUCUUUGGUGCGGAACUCUAUCAAAUGCCUUACUAAAAUCUAAGUAAAUAAUAUCAAAUUCUUUAUCGUGGUCAACAGCCUCAAAAGCUUUACUGAAGAAAGUUAAUAAAUUAGUUAGACAAGACCAGCCUCUUGUGAAUCCAUGCUGAGGAUCAUUAAUCAAGCUAUGCUUAUCGAGAUGGCUUCUUAUAAUCUCAGCUAUAAUUGACUCUAGUAAUUUGCCUACAAUUGAGGUCAGGCUUAUUGGGCGGUAAUUUGACAGUGACGACUUGUCCCCUGUUUUAAAAAUAGGAAUUACAUUAGCCAUCUUCCACAUAUCAGACACUACACCUGUUUGAAGAGAUAAAUUAAAAAUAUUAGUUAAUGGUUCACAGAUUUCCCAUUUUGCAUUCCUUUAGAACCCUUGAAAAAACCUCAUCAGGACCUGGUGACUUAUUUUGCUUCAGUCGGUCUAUCUGCUUCACAACCAUUUCACUAGUGACUGUGAUGUUACAUAAUUUAUCUUCUUCUGAUCCACUAUAAAAAUUAAUUACCGGAAUAUUAUUAGUGUCUUCCUGUGUAAAAACCGAGAGAAAAUAAUUAUUUAAAAUCGAGCACGUUUCAUUCUCUUUGUCAGUAAGAUGCCCAUAGUUAUUUUUAAGGGGACCUAUCUUAUCUCUGACUUUUGUUCUAUAGACCUGGAAAAAACGUUUUGGGUUAGUUUUAGAAUCCCUAGCAACUUUAAUUUCAUAGUCCCUUUUAGCUUUUCUUAAUGUCCCUCUUAAUGUCAAUAUACUGAUUCAUAAGAUGACCCUCGCCUCUUUUGAUACGCCUAUAAAUUCCUUUCUUAUGCCCUAGUAGAUAUUUCAGCCUAUUAUUCAUCCAUUUUGGGUCAUUUCUAUUUGAUCUAAUUUCCUUGUAAGGGAUAAACAUUCUUUGAGCAGCAUGUAUUGUGCUCAGAAAACUGUCAUAUUGAUAGCUCUCUUCGUUACCCCAGUCAACAGAUGAUAAGUGUUCUCUAAGCCCAUCGUAAUCUGCUAAGCGAAAAUCUGGGACUGUUACUGAGUUAUCCCUACUAUCAUACUUCCAUUCAAUUCUAAAUGUAAUUGAUUUGUGGUCGCUAGCACCCAGUUCCUCAGAAACUUCUAAAUUAUUAACAAGGGAUUCAUUGUUUGCCAGAACUAAGUCAAGCAGGUUAUUACCCUU